UUUCUUCCCUUAAAUACCGAAGAAAUCAGCAGCUUGUGAUCAGUUGAGGAGUGGAACCUCUUGCCUUUGAGCCACAGUGGUUAAUUUCACCUCCCCUUCAUUUGUAUACUUUUCAUCUAGUGAGUUUCUCUAAACUACAAAAUAGUAUGACGACCUAUAUGGAUCCUGUCUUGUUCAAAGCUGCAGAAGCAGGCGAUAUCGGUCCCUUUGAGAAUUAUCAAACCUGCCUUGAUCAGUUAUUGACUCCAGACGAGAACACCAUUCUUCAUGUCUACUUAGGAAACCAAAGUAGGGAACCGGAAUUCACUGAUUUUGUUGAUAUAAUUCUUGAAAUGUGUCCACCACUGUUAUUGCAGGCCAAUAAGAAAGGUGAAAUCCCACUCCAUUUGGCAGCAAGAUAUGGUCAUUCCAAUGUGGUAAAGGUCCUCAUUCACCGUGCAAAAGCUUUACCUACUGAUCCAGAGAGCGGAGUAACAGAAGCAAAAAAGAUGUUGAGGAUGACCAAUGAAGAGCAAGAUACAGCGUUGCACGAGGCAGCUCGAAAUAUGCGGAGCCAUGUGGUGGAAAUAUUGACAAAAGAGGACCCUGAGUUUUCAUUUUCCGCCAAUGUUCAUGGAGAAACUCCACUUUAUAUUGCUGCUUCCAUUAUGCCGAGGUGGAGGGAAGAACGAAGAAAGGUGAUCGAUGAAAUCCUUACUAAUUGCAUUUCAGUGGACUAUGGCGGCCCUAAUGGUAGAACUGCUCUACACGCGGCAAGCAGGGUGCGAGAUGAUGGUAGGAUAUUGUGCUCAAAAAACCUCCCCAGACCUCCAGACAAGAAUUCCUCCCUAGACCUCCACCACCAAAUCCACCUCCACCAAAUCCACCUCCACCACCAAGCCUGCCACCUCUUCAUCCUCAAAAGAACCCUUUCUAGAACCGGAUUCUGUAACGCAUUGUCUUCAUUCUGACAGGAGGGGAUAUCAGUCACAAUUUGGAAAUCUAAUAGUUUGAAGGUUUCUGAAAACCUUCCUCAGACCUGUCAGCGUCGCUGGCCGAUUUCUCAUUCUUCCACCGUUGGAUUAACACGAAUUUUGGGUAAGUUGUGUGUCACUAUAGUUCCCACAUCCUGACCAGAGCGAUCGUGCAUAUUUGAAUCCACUAGAAAAAUCUUACCGUUUGAAGAUUUCUGGGCAAAUCACUCUCGGAACAGACAGAAUCGCCGGCUUAUUUCUUCUCGUUCUACCGUUGGAUCCAUCCGAAUUUUGGAUAUGUGAUGCGUAUGGCCAUAUUACACAUUUGGAACGGUGGAGAUGAGAUAAAACUCUUCCAGCAAAGAGUUAUGCACGCUCAACAGUGGUCCAUCAAUCUCAGGUCAGUUUUGGUCUAACUCCGAUCUAGGGAGAUCCAACCGUUAACUUGAGCUGAUAUUUGGAUAUGUUCUGCAUAAGAUGUAUUUUUACCGUUUCACCGUUGCGAUUUGUUAUUUGUGGAAUUGUUGGUGAGUAAUUGUUGUUUGAAGCUCUGGCCAGAAUCUGUCAUGGCUUCCAAUCCGAAACUUCAAACCCUCAAAGCUAACACCACCCACUCAAUCACUAAACA